UGGGAACGGAGCGGAACGGAACACCCUGAACCACGUUUCUCCUGGAUCCCAACUUGGAAGCCAACCUACCCCCCCUCAUUUACCUGGGUUAUUUAUGGAAGAGUUGCGCAGCUCAGGUGGUUGCCUUAGCGAUGGACGGGGAGUCAGAACCAAACCCUGUCGGAGCAGAAGAGGCAGGGGAGCGGGUGGAGCCCAUGGAUGCCACUCCCUCCCCCCAGCAACAGACCACGCCCCCCUCAGAGGAGGCUGGGGAGGCAGUUUCCAUGGUAACAGAAGAUGGAGCCACAAAGGUUGGCACAGAGGACAAUGAUGAUGAUGAUGUGGUUCUCGUAGGGGAGGAGGCUCCCCAGCCUUCUGCCACAACCCUUUCCCAAGACACACCCAGCACAGACUGCCUAGAGCCAGCUGCUGCCGUGGCCACUGUAGACACGUCCACGGCAGCGAUGCCUUCCAAGACCCCCAGUUCUCCUGCGUCUUCCAGCACAUCUACAGCAGCAGCACCUCCUAAACCUCCUACCACAGCAGCAGAGCCUAUCGUCAUUGACGAUGAGGAGGAGUCUGAACAGAAAGACACUUCGUCCUCCUCACCAGCGCACCCUGGAGGCUCCUCUGCGUCCCACUCGCCAGGUGUACUCAGCAGCACUGAACCAGAUUCAGAGAUCAGGAUCGCCAGUGUCACCACACUGGGCUCCAGUAGCCAGAAAGGAAGCUCCACCAUUUCUGUAGUAAAUACUCCAUCACAUCCAGUGGACGUCCAGGCAGACAUGAACCUGAUGAUAACCUCAGUGACAUCACUGCAGGGCGGGGCGGCGGCGGCAGCUGUCACAGUGGCUAGUGAGGGUCAGGCAGAGGAAAAUGGACUGCAGAUCAGCAGUGCAUUCAGCCUGAAUCCCGACACCCCACCUGGUCGACCAACAGCCUCCUUCAACCCUGGGCGGGGCUCAGGCCCCAUGGGCCAGCUGGUACAGAAUGGAGACACGGGGACGCACAACAGAGCAGACUCGUGGAUCUCUCAGUCAGCUUCAGUUCCUCGCAACCAAAAACAGACAGGGGUCGACUCUCCAUCACCAGCCACCUCCCUGCCCAAACCUCCAGGCCAGUCUUCCUCAUCUACUUCCUCCUCAGGCUCCCAGCCACAGCCCAGGACAGUCAAGGUGACCUGUGCUAACUGUAAAAAGCCUCUGAAGAAAGGCCAAACAGCCUACCAGCGUAAAGGCUCCACACACCUGUUCUGCUCCACCACCUGUCUCUCUGCCUUCUCGCACAAACCCGCCCCCAAGAAGAGCUGCACCAUGUGUAAAAAGGACAUCACAAACAUGAAGGGUACGAUCGUGGCCCAGGUCGACUCCAGCGAAUCUUUCCAGGAGUUCUGCAGCACGGGCUGCCUCGGCGCAUACGAGAACAAGCAAAACCCGCCCAAAUCGGGCCUCAAAACCAAAUGUACUGUCUGCGGCAAGCUCACAGAGAUCCGGCACGAGGUUAGCUUUAAGACUGUGACCCAUAAGAUCUGCAGCGACACAUGUUUCAACGUUUACCGCAGGGCCAACGGGUUGAUCAUGAACUGCUGUGAGCAAUGUGGCGACUACCUGCCCAGCCGAGCGUCAGCCAACCACUUCCUGCUGGUCGAUGGCCAACAGAAACGCUUCUGCUGCCAGAACUGCAUCAGGGAGUACAAGCAGGCCCACAGUAAACUUGCGAGCUGCCUGACUUGCAAAACGCUGAUCAAGACAGGCGAGGUGCUCCACAGCCUCGGAGCCGGCGGCACCAUGGGUUCCUACUGCUCUGUUAACUGCAUGAACAAGGGCAAACUGGCUUCAACCUCCUUCGUCAACACAGAGCCCACAUGUCACAUCUGUAAGAGGAAUUCAUUACCGCAGUACCAGGCCACGCUGCCAGAGGGAAACAUCCUCAACUUCUGCAGCUCACAGUGUGUUACCAAGUUCCAGAAUGCUACUCUUCAAACGGCCACCAAUGGACAGACGCCCCUCUCCACUACAAACAGCACCAUCCAGCUGAAAUGCAACUACUGUCGGGGAGCGUUCAGCCUGAAGCCCGAAAUUCUGGAUUGGGAGGAUAAGGUCUACCAGUUUUGUAGUAAGGCAUGCUGUGAGGACUACAAGAAGCUCCACUGCAUUGUGACGUUCUGUGAGUACUGCCAAGAGGAGAAGACGCUACAUGAGACGGUCAAGUUCUCCGGGGUCAAGAGACCUUUCUGCAGCGAAGGCUGUAAGCUGUUAUUUAAGCAGGAUUUUAUCAAGCGGUUGGGUCUAAAGUGUGUCAGCUGUAACCACUGCAACCAGCUAUGUAAGAGAGGUGUGACCCGGCAGCUUGGGGGCCUGACCCGGGACUUCUGCAGCGAGACCUGUGCCAAGAAGUUCAACGACUGGUACUACAAGGCGGCGAGGUGUGACUGCUGUAAGGUGCAGGGUAACCUGACAGAGUCUGUGAUGUGGAGAGCAGAGAUGAAGCAUUUCUGUGACCAGGAGUGUCUGUUGAAGUUCUACUGCCAGCAGAACGAGCCCAUCAUGGUCACACAGAAAGGCCCCGAGAACACCACCCUGGGGUUUGAAAUGCAAGGGGCAAAACUUGGGCUGGUGAACCAGGGUUCUGUUGCGUACGCUGGUGGAGGUUUGGUGAGAGAUGUCAAGAACAAGGCCGUGCUCUGCAAGCCGCUCACCCUGACCAAGGCUACCUACUGCAAGCCACACAUGCAGAGUAAACUUUUACAGACGGAUGUAGACGACGGUGUGAAGAGGGAGUAUGUUCCUGUACCCAUACCUGUGCCCGUCUUCAUCCCCAUGCCCAUGAAUAUGUAUUCCCAGGUCACUCCCACUCCAUUCUCUCUGCCUGUACCGGUUCCUGUGCCUGUGUUUCUGCCCACCACCAUGCAGGGGGCAGAGCAGAUCAUCCAGACCAUCAAUGAACUGAAAAACAAAGUGCCCUCUGACCCUCUGGAGGCCGACCUGCUCUCCAUGGCUGAGAUGAUCGCGGAGGACCAGAAGCCAGAUGUAAAGCCAGUGAAGGUGAAGCAGGAGUGUGGAGGGGAGGAGUCCUCCAGCAGCAGCUCUGAGGAAGAGAAGGAGGAGGAAGAGAAGGAGGAGGAGAAGGAGGAGGAGGAGAAGGAGGAGGAGGAGAAGGAGAAGGAGGAGGAGGAGGAGGAGAAGGAGGAGGAGGAGGAGGAGGAGGAGGAGGAGGAGGAGGAGAAGAAGAAGGAGGAGGAGAAGAAGGAGGAGGAGAAGGGGGAGGAGAAGGGGGAUGAGGAGGAUAAGUACGAGCCUGACCUGGACCUGGAGGCAGACUUCCCUCAAGCCUCAGACCCUGUUCCAGUCCUGGAGGGAAUGGACGAGGACAUGGGCUUCUCUCUACCUCCAGUCCUGACGGAGGAGAUGGAGGAGAAGGAGGAGAAGGAGGAGAUGGAGGAGAAGGAGGAGAAGGAGGAGACUGAGGAGUCGGCACCUCGACCGCAGCCAAGAAGACAAGGGAACAAGAGGCGGGCUGUAGAGGAGAGCUCAGAUCUUGCCUCGUCCUCUUCUUCCUCUCCGACAGGACGAUCGCUGCCUCUCAAAGCUCGCUAUGGCAUCCAUGCCUGGAAACGCUGGGCACUGUCUCCUUCUGACCAAUCAGAUGACACCAAAGUAAAGGACUGCUCCAAACCAGCCCGGACUAAAAGUAACUUGUUGUCGCUGAGUUCAGAGGAGCUCAACCUGGCUCUGUCCCGGUUUGUAAGGGAGGUCUGCAGGCCCAGUGGGGAGCGUUACUCUCCAGACAGCAUCCUCUACCUCUGUCUGGGGAUCCAGCAGCACCUCCAUGCCAAAGGCCGGAAGGAUGACCUGUUUAGUGACCCAUGCUACCAGCAGUUCGGAGAAGAGCUUAACAAGGUGCUGAAGGACUGGCAGCCCAGUGUGCUUCCUGAUGGCUCGCUGUGGGGUCGAGUGGAGGAGCAGAGCCUGUGGAGCAGCAAGCAGCUCGGGGAGCAGAGUCCCGCCGCUUUGCUCCGCUCUCUGGUUUACCUGAACACCAAAUACUUCGGCCUGCGCACCGUGGAGCAGCACCUCCGCCUCUCCUUUGCCAACGUCUACGGCCCUGACACCGUCCAUCCUGUCACCAAGGAGACCACCGUCUGCAUCCGCGUGCCUUCCAUCUCUCAGGAUCACCAUGUGCAAACAGAAUCUAGGAAGAGGAAGCGUAAAUUGGAGGAUGGCGAUCAGGACUAUGAACCAGAUGACGACUCAGGAGGCUCCACUGUACGCUGCCCGGUUAAGAAGCAUGAGUGUGACCUAUAUGACCUCUACAGAUCUAAGUGCCCGGCGUUGUUGCGGGAGCGCCUGGAUGUCUUUUACGUUCAACCGGAUCCGGCCUGUAGUCCUGAUGACCCGCUGUGGUUCAGCUCUACACCGCUGGAGCGACGGAUCCUGGAGAGCCUCCUCACCAGAGUCCUCCUGGUCAGGGACAUUUACACAGACAAACAACACUUGGAGGAAGACGAGGAGGAAGAGGACGGGGGUGAAACAGUCGGGGGAGAAUAGCAGUCGGCUAGGACUUCUGUUAGUAGAGCCUGAACAGUCAGCAGAGGAGCAAGUGGAGGAUAGCUAGAGUGUUUGCUCCUCCCCUGUCUUAUCAUCUAGUCCUCCUUCCCUUCCUAGCUGACUUGCUGUUUCCUCCUGGUGAGGGGGCGUCCACAACAGGGAACGUGAGAAAGUAGAUGAAGAGCAGCCCAAACUUGUACUUCUGCUGAUAAAUUCACCAACGGAGGAGGAAUUCAUCUUACCUCCAAUCAUAAACUAGAAGAAGAGGACGGACACACGUGUCCUGAUUUGUGAUGGGAACUGGUUCAGUUUAAUAGAAUGAGGAGGUGGAGCUGUCAUUUGUUAUCUUUGGGUAAACAAAGCUAAAUCAGGUAGUAAACAAAGUGUAUGGACAGUUAUCAUAUUUUUAAGACAGGAUGGCUGUUGUGCAUUACCGACAAUUCUGAGAGCCUAGCGUGCUUAUAGUGCUCACACAAGCAGCUUACAAAUACUCAACACAGAAUCAUGCUUUAACAAAGGUUAUCGGCAGCCACCAGGAGGCUACAAGGAGGAGGCCUAACUGAGGAGAAGGGACAGGAUGUCAUGGAGACAUUCUCUCAGUCUGCCUCAUGUCCUCUGCAUCCCUCUGUGGAUGGGAAAAAGUGAGUGGAGUGCUCAGCUUCAAGAGAGUAACUUAAUUUUUAUAAAGAGAAUCAAUAAGCAAGGGACAAGGCAGACAGAGGGUCUGGGUGAAUCCAGAACCACUGCUCAGGAGGAGGAGAGUAGGAAGAGGAAGUGCAAGGCUGAUGCUGUGUCCACAGAAUGGGAAGUUGGAAAUUCCCAGCUGGAAGGUUGAAAUUCCAUCUUUGAUACAUUGGUACUUCUGUUUCCAAUUUAGCAGCUAAUCAUGCUAUAAGUGCUACUUUACAUUACAAAUUUCUAUUUUCAUGGAUGAUUAAACACUAAAUAUUCGAUGCAGUCUCCAAUAAGUUAAUAUUUUAGUUAAUAUUUUAUCCUGUUUCAUCACCUUAAAAUUUCCUACAUUAUCACAUUACCAGACUACAAACUGCAGCAUCGCUCUCAAAAAGUGAUCACACUUUAGUUUGGGUUGCUCACACCAAUAUUUAUUUACUUGCAUCAGAAAUGUGACAAAACCCUCUUACACUAGCAGGGCAGUUUGAUGGGAUAGGAAUGUUAUGUGACCAAGUCCAGUAAAGGGAUCUAAUCAAGUGAAAUCACCUGUGUGGGUGUGUAGGGGCCUUGGAGGUUGUAAACUUUUGAGCUGAAGUGUAUCUCCAUUGUCAGUAUUUUAACUCAUGCUAUGUGGCACUAACAGUGUCCAAGAAGUGCAUAAUGGAAUCCUCAAACGUAAGAAAUGUUGCCAUGUAAGGCAAAAUUUCAAAUUUCUGACUUUCCAACAUGUCUGGAACGCAGCAUCAGCCAGGGGGGCGAUCCACCGUAUCACACACGCAUCUCAAUCACCCGGGCUGCUUUCAUUCCAUCCCAUCAUCCUCUUCCUGUCAGUACUGCUCUCAGGCAAAACCGCUGCACCACAGAGGACUGAGCUCAGAGGGGCAGGAGUCAGGACCGAUCCCAGGACAGUAAGAGAGGACUGACUCUAAACCUUCUGUUAUCUCUCAUCAGACAGACCCGACUGGCUGUGGUGCGGGGUAAAGGCAGCCUACAGACAUGCUGCAUUUCUUCAUUUGGGGACACUUUCAUUCAUGCAAUGUAGCAUUAUGUGCGUACUAAGCCCAGAUUGGGUUGCUUUGAAGUGUAAAUAUCUGAAACAAGGCGGUUAUUUGAGCUGGAGUCAACACAGAGGGACACUGUGUGGUUUGGGGGAAAGAAAAAAACCUUCAGCUUGAAAACCCACCUCCUGAGAAGCCUUUUUAAAAAGACCACCUUUUACGUUGGGAUUUUUCUGGGUGCCAUUUCCUUCUCAACCGUCAUCAUUGAAACCCUGCUGCACUCCUGCGCCCUCGCCUCUCUUGUCCAUUAGAGUAUUUUGCAGGAACCUGCUAAACAUGAAGGACACUGAUUAUUCAGAACACGACAGACUAUUUUUAAAGUUUCCUUUCUGCAUUCGUCCCCGUGCUCGUAUUUUCCUGGCAUUUCUCAGUUAUUCUUAGUCUCCUUUAAACUUAAUAUUGAUUUAGUUUGAAAACUGAGCACUUGUUAAUAAGUGCCCGCUUCUUCUUCCCAGAUGUUUUAGAGUGCUAGCACUGCAAAGCAAAAGCUUGUAAUGUAAUAAAGAACUGGUUGGACAUUUGAAUUUUCUUUUUAAUGAACUAAACUCGUGUUUUCUUCCCGAGUUACACUAUCCAUUGUUUCUUUGAUAUUUUUUUAUUUAUGUGGUUUAAGUCCCUUUUUUUUUUUUUUUUUACUUGAGUUUUAUUUGAACUGCUUUGAUUGUUUCAAUAAAUUGGAGAAAGUGUCAUCAAUUUACUUAAUUCAGUGAAGAUUAUUUGAGGAUCUUGUUUCUACUUCCUUGAUCCCUUGAUUUUAAUUUAAUUUGGGAAAAUACUUUGAGAUGUAAAGCGGGCUUCAUUUUACACCAAACAAAGGUUUCCACAACCAGUGCUCAAAAUAUAAGGAGCACCCUCCAGAUGUUUGACCCACCAUGUCUCUAAUUUCUCUCAGAUUAAAAAUGUUUUCUCUGCAUGAUCCACGACUGCUCCUCCUGACUGAAGUGGAUUUACCUGGAGAACAAGGUCAGGGAACACAGUGUCAUAGCUUAUUUUAUCUAAAGAGCAGGUGUUCCUGUUAUUUUGUACACUUGACUGUGCAUUCAAUGGUCUUGAACUACAUUUCAGAAGCAAAUGUGGAUUUAGAAGGAGGACAUUGGUCUGGAUUUCACCAGCCCAAAAUCCAAACCUUUAAACCUGAGUGGAACUUAACAAAACUGACGCGGGAUCAGAGGACCCUGGUUAACCUGGCUGAUUUUCCUGCUGGACUCAGAGGUAGUGACCAAACCUGCAACAGGUUUGGACCUACAGUAGACGCUGUGGCUGGCUUUAAUGCCUAAUGUGAAUGUGCCUAUCUGUAUAUACUGAAAGUGAGUGAUUGUGACUUGAGUCUGAUGCUAUGUGUGUGGGCUGAUCUGCUGAUACGGUCAUGUUAAAUAAAUGGUUUCAUUUUCUAACCAGA